CAUAUGCAAUUUACAGGCAGAGUCGCCGUGACAGAAACUAUGGUUAAGCGUAAGAGAAUAACCAAAAAGUGAUUUGUUAAUUUAAACUGUUUUCGCAGAGCUUUGCAUAACUUGUGUGUCCUACUUUUUUUUAAGUACAUAAAUUAUUUGUUACUCCGUGGGCAUGCUAUGAUUUCGCGCCUCUUGGCUACCGUUUCGCAUUGAUUACGCGCGCGCUAUUCAUUCGCUCCGGAAAAUGUGCACGGGCGUGAUCGAGCCGGGUUCCCUGGCAAAGGUCGUUUCAUUCGAAACUAACCUAACAAGCUCAUCGUGCGGUACCAAGUGCAAAGAUUGAAGAUAAACAGAGAUGAUCACUAGUAACGAUACAAGAGAUCACUGUGAUAUGUUGAGUUGCGGAUGAGAAGGUGCAUCGGUAGACGGGAGCCAUUGAAUUGCGACUUCCUUCUUUUUUUUUGAUAUUUUUUCAAUGGCACCCCUUUUAUUGUAAAAUAAUACUGUCGUGAACAGUGUUAAUUGGUGCGUGUUAUUACAAUGCGCCUUCGACAGAGAAGAAAAACUUUUACCUCAAGAGACAAUGUUUAAUACCUGUGAGCAUCCUUAUUUAAGCUGAGUGUGUUAACAAUGCAAGCCAAGAAACGCUAUUUACUGCUCUUUGUAACGUGCGCGUUUCUUGGCUACUGCUACUUUGGUGGAUAUCGGUUAAAAAGUGAAAAGUGGACAGGCAGAACGCAGCUGCCAUACGAGCGUCUACCAUCAUACUUAAGUCUCAAUGAAGAGUUCUACGAUAAGGAUCUCAGGACAUCCAAUGGCAAUAUCCACGUAUCCCAACAUACAAGACAAUGUCGUAUGGAGAGUUGCUUUGAUUUUACCAAGUGUAAACAGGGCUUUACUGUUUACGUCUACCCAGUAGAAGAUGUCAUAAGUCCACUUUACCAAAAAAUUCUCAAUGUAAUUACUGAAUCCAGAUACUACACAACAGAUCCAGCAAAGGCAUGUUUAUUUGUACUAGCCCUAGAUACCUUGGAUAGGGAUCCGCUCUCUACAGAAUUUGUACACAAUCUACCUUCAAAGCUAUUACGACUUCCUUACUGGAAUAAUGGUCGUAACCACCUUGUCUUCAAUCUUUAUUCUGGUACGUGGCCCGACUAUGCCGAGGAGUCAUUGGCCUUUGACCUGGGCUACGCAAUCCUGGCGAAAGCCAGUAUGUCCAUCUUUAGACUACGGCCAAACUUUGACGUCUCCAUACCUCUCUUUGGCAAGCAGCAUCCUGAGCGUGGUGGUGAACCCGGUCAGGCACCAGAAAAUAAUUUUCCUAGCAAUAAAAAAUACGUAGCAGCAUUUAAAGGGAAGAGAUACGUACAUGGUAUAGGAUCUGAAACCAGGAACGCCUUGUAUCAUCUUCACAAUGCCAAGGAUCUCGUUUUCGUGACAACUUGCCGUCACGGCAAGGCUUGGCGAGAGCUACAGGAUGAGCACUGUCAGCAGGAUAACCAGGAAUAUGAUACGUAUGACUAUGAGAUUUUACUAAUGAACGCUACGUUCUGCCUUGUACCUCGUGGCAGAAGACUGGGCAGCUUUCGGUUCCUGGAGGCUCUUAGAGCUGGCUGUAUACCAGUCAUUUUGAGCAAUGGCUGGGCACUGCCGUUUCAUGAGCGCAUCGAUUGGAAUCAGGCUGUUAUAUUUUCUGAUGAAAGACUAUUGCUCCAGAUUCCAGACAUAGUGAGAUCUGUUUCCAACACGCAAAUACUAAAGUUACGGCAGCAAACCCAAUUCCUAUGGGACCGAUAUUUCUCCUCUAUCGAAAAAAUAAUAUUCACUGUGUUCGAGACAAUUAGAGAACGACUGCCCUGGGAGGGUACACGGGAAGGGAUAAUCUGGAACACGAGUCCUGGUGCUCUGGCAAUCCUACCCCAAUUCGCAGACAGCCAACAGGAGUUACCUUUCUCGAACAGCAACCCUGGUAAUACUUUCACUGCCAUCAUCUACUCCCAACUGGGUUCAACCGCCGUACUUUAUCGACUACUAAGAAGCGUCGCCAAGAGUAAAUAUUUAGAUAAGAUAAUCCUAAUGUGGAACUCGGACAUUCCUCUGCCAAGGAGGCCGCGCUGGCAAGGAAUAAAGGCAUCCAUACACGUCAUCCCUGCGGAUGGAAUUUCACAUCGUUUCUAUCCUCAUCCGCUAAUCAGAACCAGUGCCAUAUUAUCUUUAGACGAAGACGCCACACUGAACACCGACGAGAUUGAUUUUGCCUUCACCGUCUGGUCCUCGUUCCCGGAGAGGAUCGUCGGCUACCCGGCGCGGUCCCACUACUGGGAUGACUCCAAGCGCUCCUGGGGUUAUACCAGUAAGUGGACUAACGACUACAGCAUCGUCCUUACCGGGGCCGCCUUUUAUCAUCGUUACUACAAUACUCUCUACACCGAACUCCUAAGCUCGACGCUCCACAAGACCGUGGAGCAGUCACAGAACUGCGAGGAUAUUCUUAUGAAUUUUUUAGUCAGCCACGUCACACGUCGACCGCCCAUCAAGGUUACCCAGCGCAAGCUUUAUAAGGACACGUCUCUAGCCGGGAUUAGAUCUCCAUGGAACGAUCCAGAUCAUUUUAUACAGCGACAAAGCUGCAUGAAUACGUUCGUCGCUGUUUUCGGCUACAUGCCAUUACUACGUUCCAACACGAGACUGGAUCCUGUUCUGUUCAAAGACUCCGUGAGCAACCUGCGCAAAAAGGACGCGCGGGUGGCAUUAAUUUGUGAACUUCAACAAAAAUAUCUACCAGAGCUAUCACCACCCACGUUACUCACAGAUGAGACGCUCGUGAAGUACAUUCAGGAAAGGAGGACACGUGCCGAAAACGCCACAAAAUAAUACCCGUUAAGUCCUCAGGCGCCGAAAUGCAGAACGUCCUUAAUAGACUCUUCCCGCUGUAGGUGUAAGGUAUAUUUUUUUAUUUAUCUCUUCCACCCUCUGGCUAUUGCAGGGACAAUCAAUCACAGUCGAAACGUUCGGCUACAAUGGAGCAGAGAUAAAGCGUAACGUCUAGCGAGUCUACAAUUAUGCAAAUAAUUGACAAUUUAUUUCGCUCAGCCUUGAAUCGCACUUCGACUUCCUAGACGUGAAGAAUUGAACCUCGUCCCGACCUGGUAAACAAAAUAUUAUAUUUGAAACUCAUUACAAACACUUGAGCAAAAUCAAGCAAACUUCCUGUAUGGAAAAAUCUCUUUCACAGUAUUUCUGCAUCGUGGAACAAGGGGACAUAUGUUUUUUUUCUUGCUGCCGUUUAUUCAGUUUUUAUAAUCAAGAGGAUAAGAAGAAAACAAACUGAAUAUCGUAGUCGCGUAACAACCAACGUCUACGUGGCUAUCUGGUGGACGGUGUCGAAUGGCAGCUGAUUUCUUGCAAAAGUCAAAGAGCAACAAGAAGUAAGAUUUCCUUUAAGCACGUUGUACGCAUACAAGAAGAAGUAAUUGCUCCCGUUCAGUUGGGCUGAUCUGAGGAUAACGUCUGAGAGGGAUAGGCGUGUUUCAGGGUCGUGACGUAUUGUUUCACAGACUGUAAGCAAAGGUGGAUAAGAAGUUUUAAAAUAACUAACGUCGAUACCUUCGCUGUUCUGUAUCUCUCUUGCUCCUCCACUCAUUGCUACUUUCUUUCCUUCAUUUGCCUCCUUACUCCUCAAAGCUAUUACAUAGCUCCCAGCUAUUGCAAAUUACGAAACUUCAAUACUUUGGCUAAGAUUUUAUUGCUCCAAGCAGAAAUCUUUUGUAGUGGCUCCAUUCUCUUCCAAAAUCUUCUCCACGUGGGUUCAACUAGACAGGCAGACCUGUCGGCUGUAUUUUCUUUUUACUUAUCUUAGUUUGUGGCGAAGAACUUUAUUAGUUGUGAGAAAGAGCGACAGGACACGCCAAACGUAACAGCCGGAUUGCUUAAUUAGGAUGAACAUUAGUUUUAAAGAGUAAGAACGAGACUUUUCCUGGAUACUUGUAAUUAUUUCUAUUCUUUUUUCUUUGUUUCCUUCAGGCGAUUCAUUAAGAGAAGUCACUCCGGUAAGGAGUCCUGUGAAAUACCUUCUAGGAACUUUCAGUCGUUUCUCAUUUAUCUAUAAAUUCCUAAAUUGAAAUCGAGAGGGCAUGGUUACACCGGUAUCCCUUCUCUCUGUACAAGCAUGUAACAUUCCACGAAAUCCAGAGACUUGUCCCAAUCGAUUUACAAGCACGUUUCUCAAGGUGAAAAGAAAGGUUUAUAAUACCGUGGGUAAAGCAAUGUUCUUGCAGGAUAUAGCAUACAAACAAUCUUAGAUACACCCAGUAACCGGAUGCGAAAUACCGACAGUGUCUCCUAUAUUCCACUCUCAAUUAAAGCUUCUAUAUAUAGAUCAAAAACGUCCAAUAAAACUAAUUAGUAAUUGUAAAAAACAGCAGCGUUACAAAAAAUGUCCCCAAGACAUUCUGCAGGAAGUAACAAAAUGCAUAAACACUAAAUUCCAAUUGUAAAGUAUCAUGAACAAAAAGUAAUGAUUCAAGAUCUAUGAUUAUCCUGUUAUGGAUUAAUUUAAAUAAAAUACAGUAUCUAAUGUCAAAA